AUGUGUCGGGUGCGCCUGCGUACGAAAAAGACAACCGCGCUAUACAUGUUGGGUAUCACCACACACGCCAGAGAUCGAAUUCUGGAUCUCUUAAAGGAACUGCAGAGAUUUCCUGUGACAGUCCCCCUCCUUCGAAGCACAAAGAUUGGGGUUACUAUAAACAAGUUAAGGAAGCACAACAAGGAUCACCACAUUGUAGAACUUGCCAAAGUCAUCAUCAGGGAUUGGAAGAAAGUACUAGAAUCCUCAUACAAGAAUAAUGCACCCUCUGCUCCUGAGUUUAAGCAGUCUCCUACCAGGACCGAGCCUGCAAGGGAUAGCGCUGAAUUGAAUCCUCCACCCAUGAAACAGCAGGCAACUGCUAAGGAAAAAAAGCUUAAAAGGAGUCAUUCUACUGAUGUUCAAUCUUCAUCACAUACUUCCAAGAAUCCAGAAAGGAGGUUGUCCCUGAAUACUUCACUCCCAACAUCUGCCUCAAGUAAAAGUUCUACCACCUACAAAGAAGAAAGCCCAAGUAAUCCGUUGGGAAGUUCUCCUACCUGUAGUAGUCCUCCUUCAACUUUUCUUCUACCACCGAGUUAUGCGACAGGGAACUCUGUUAGGGACAAGUGUGUGGAUAUGGUGGCAGCUGCUCUGAAGACUGAUGGUGACUUUAUACAGUUUGGAGCAAACUGUGACAGACUUGCAUGGGAAAUAGAAGAAUAUAUAUACCAAGAAAUUAAGGCUACAGAUAUGAAAUACAGAAACAGAAUCCGGAGUCGGAUUAGUAAUUUAAAGGAUCCAAAGAAUCCCAAUCUGAGGCGAAAUGUCCUAUGUGGCUCUGUAUCGGCACAGAGUAUAGCAACAAUGACGGCUGAGGAGAUGGCGAGUGAUGAGCUGAAGGAGCUCAGGAACACACUGACACAAGAAGCCAUAAGAGAACAUCAGAUGGCAAAGACUGGAGGAACUACGACAGACUUGCUGCAAUGUGACAAGUGCAGGAAGAAAAACUGCACCUACAACCAGGUGCAGACACGCAGUGCAGAUGAACCAAUGACAACGUUUGUACUUUGCAAUGAGUGUGGCCAUCGCUGGAAGGCAGUAGUGUAA